AUGAAAAGUAUAUCAAUAAAACAAUUGGAAGCAAUAGUAAUAUUAGAUACAGAUGGAAAAAGAAUUGCAGUAAAAUAUUACAAUGAUAAACUAUCAUUUAAAGGAGAAGAUAAAUUAAAUAAUCUUAUUAGUAGUAAAGAAUCAAUAAAUUAUAACUGUGAAGAUAUAUAUAAUAAUUUUAAAACGGUAGAAGAUCAAAAAUUAUUUGAAAAUGAUAUAACAGAGAAAGUUAAAAAAUUAGGUUUUAACUCUAAUGAAGUUGAAAUUGUUAUUUUAAAUAAAUAUAUAAUUCUAUGUUUACCAAUUAACGAUGUAAAUAUUUAUAUUAUUGGUGAUGAAAAUGACAAUGAAAUCAUCCUACAUGAAAUUAUACAAACUGUUGAAAAAGCAUUAAAUAAUAUAACAAAUAAUCAAAUAGGAAAGAGACAACUAAUUGAUAAAUUAGAUUCUGUUUAUUUAAUUUUAGACGAAAUUGCAGAUAGUGGGAUAAUAAUGGAAACUAAUCCUAAUGUAAUUAUUAAUAGAUUAUAUAUGCAUGAAGGAGAUCUACAAGAACAUACACCGCUUAAUCAAGCAAUUUCAUCAGCUAAAGAAAAUAUAAUUAGAAGCUUACUAAGUGGAACAUAA